UCCUGCCGCACCGCGCCCGCGUGCGCGAGUAUAAGCCCCGCCCCGGAACUGCGGUCGGCGCUGCAGCCGAGGAAGAGCUGUGGCGUUUUGUAAGGCGGUUGUCCUGCCGGCGUCUGUGGGAGCCGUAGCGGCGUGUGCUCACUCAACCAUGAAGUUGAAGGACACCAAAUCAAGGUCAAAGGCACCAAGCUAUGGCAAAUUUCAGACAAAGGGAAUUAAGGUUGUGGGAAAAUGGAAGCAGGUGAAGAUUGACCCAAAUAUGUUUGCAGAUGGACAGAUGGAUGACCUGGUGUGCUUUGAGGAACUGACAGAUUACCAGUUGGUCUCUCCUGCCAAGAAUUCCUCCAGUCUCUUCUCAAAGGAGGAGCCCAAGAAGAGAAAGGCACAAGCUGUUUCAGAAGGAGAGGAGGAAGGAGAUUCUAGCUCCUCAAAGAAAAAGAUAAAGUUGAAAAAGAGUAAAAAUGUGGAAACUGAAGGAACCAAUGCCCAGAAAGACUUUCAGGUCAAAGAUGCUGAGCCAGAGCCCCUGGGAGAUGGUACAGUUUGUUCUGAUCCAGAGAUAGGGGAGAUGGCAUCAGAAAGCCCAGCCCAGGCUAUUCCAAAAAAGAAGAAAAAGCAAGGGAAAAAAAAAUCAGAACCUUCUCAGGGUAGUACUCCAAACGUGCCGAAGAAAGCAAAGACGUGGAUACCUGAAGUGCAUGACCACAAGGCAGACAUAUCAGCUUGGAAGGACCUGUUUGUACCCAAGCCAGUUCUCCGAGCACUCAGCUUUCUGGGCUUCUCUGCACCCACACCAAUCCAAGCUCUGACCUUGGCACCUGCCAUCCGUGACAAACUGGACAUCCUUGGUGCUGCUGAGACAGGAAGUGGGAAAACUCUUGCCUUUGCCAUUCCAAUGAUUCAUUCAGUGCUGCAAUGGCAGAUGAAGAAGAAGCCUCCCCCAGCUCUGAGUAACACAGGCGCAUCACCUGGCGAGACCAGAAUUGAGGCUGAAGCUGAGACUGGGUCACCAAGCAAGGCUGAAACUGACUCUGGAGCUUUGUCAGAUGAGAUUAGAAUCGAGAGUGAAGCACUGCCCAGUGAGGCUGGAACGAAGGCUAGAGCACCACCCAGCAAGGCAACAGCCAAGACUGGAGCUGCCAUCUCAGACCAGUUGCUCCCCUUCUGUGAUGAUGAUGCUGGUGAAGGACCUUCUUCCCUGAUUAGGGAGAAGCCUGUCCCCAAACAGGAAGAGGACAAAGAGGAAAAACUUGAUGAAGAGCAGACUGGAAAGUUAAAACGAGAGUUAGGUGGCAAAACUGCCACCUGUAAAGCACAUCCAGAGCGUCCUCUGCUUGGACUGGUUCUGACUCCCACUCGAGAGCUAGCCGUCCAGGUCAAACAACACAUUGAUGCUGUGGCCAAGUUUACAGGAAUUAAAACUGCUAUUUUGGUUGGUGGAAUGUCCACCCAGAAGCAGCAGAGGAUGCUGAAACGCCAGCCUGAGAUUGUGAUCGCCACUCCGGGCCGGCUGUGGGAGCUAGUUAAAGAAAAGCACCCUCAUUUGAGCAACCUUCGGCAGCUCAGAUGCCUGGUGAUCGAUGAGGCUGACCGGAUGGUUGAGAAAGGCCACUUUGCUGAGCUUUCCCAGCUGCUAGAGAUGCUCAGUGAUUCGCAGUACAACCCAAAGAGACAGACUCUUGUUUUUUCUGCCACACUGACCCUGGUACAUCAAGCUCCGGCUCGAAUCCUCCACAAGAAGCACACUAAGAAAAUUGACAAAACUGCCAAACUUGACCUCCUUAUGCAGAAGAUUGGCAUGAGGAGCAAGCCCAAGGUCAUUGACCUCACAAGAAAUGAGGCCACAGUAGAGACGCUGACAGAGACCAAGAUCCAUUGUGAGAAUGACGAGAAAGACUUGUAUCUGUACUACUUCCUGAUGCAGCAUCCAGGCCGCACCUUAGUGUUCGCCAACAGUAUCUCCUGCAUCAAACGCCUGUCGGGGCUCCUGAAAGCCCUGGACAUCAUGCCUCUGACCCUGCAUGCCUGCAUGCACCAGAAGCAGAGGCUCAGGAACCUGGAGCAGUUUGCCCGUCUGGAAGAUUGUGUUCUCCUGGCAACAGAUGUGGCAGCUCGGGGCCUGGAUAUUCCUAAAGUCCAGCAUGUCAUUCAUUACCAGGUCCCUCGCACCUCAGAGAUUUAUGUCCACCGAAGCGGUCGAACUGCUCGUGCCACCAAUGAGGGUCUCAGCCUGAUGCUGAUUGGGCCUGAGGACGUGAUCAACUUUAAGAAGAUUUAUAAAACCCUCAAGAAAGAUGAGGACAUCCCAUUGUUCCCUGUGCAGACAAAGUACAUGGAUGCCGUCAAGGAGCGAAUCCAUUUAGCGCGACAGAUUGAGAAAGCUGAGUAUCGGAACUUCCAGGCUUGUCUGCACAAUUCUUGGAUUGAGCAGGCAGCAGCUGCCCUUGAGAUUGAGCUGGAUGAAGAAAUGUACAAGGGAGGAAAAGCUGACCAGCAAGAAGAGCGUCGGAGACAGAAGCGGAUGAAGGUCCUGAAGAAGGAACUGCGCCAUUUACUCUCCCAACCACUAUUUAAAAAUGACCUGAAAACCAAGUACCCAACUCAGUCUGGCAAGCCGCCCAUGCUCAUGCCUGCCCCCAGAAACGGUGCGUCUGCUUUGAGCUGCCUCUCCAAACAGAAGAAGAAGAAGCAACCAAAACCAAAGGGGCAGCAGCAGGAAGAGCCACAGCCAAGUACAAGUGCAAAGUAACAGGUCAGUCUGCUGGUGACCCCACGUUUUGUCUGUGCACCCUGGUUAUAUGGAAAACCCUGCCUUUCCUUCCACACCGCCCCAAUCACGGGAGAGACUGUGCAGGUUUGUGUUGUGGAGUAAGACUUCUGUGCAGCAGCUUAUGUACUUCUGUAUUUCAGUGUUUACAGGCUUCUUGUGGAUUCAACUUGAUUUCCUUAUUAAAAACAAUAGAACCAGCA